AUGGAUGGAUGGGGCAUUGUCCCUGGGGACCACUUCAACAGGACAAGCUUAAUUAAUGGGGUUACUACAGAAACGGCUUACUAGACAGAGCAUUGCGCAGAGCUGCUGGCUUCGAUGCACGAGCCUCACCGGUAACCCGUCUGCUUUGCACUGCCCCUCCAAAUUCGCAUGGUGCAGCACAGUCAACUUGCUUUACCUCGCCAGGCCCUAGCGAUGCGCAAUAACAUCACCCAACCGCUCCUCUCCACAAACAGUGGAUACCUCGGUGAGCACUUUGGCAUGCACCUCAUGAAGAAGCGCACUCCUUACGAAGUUGCCACAAACAAUGGUUCUCAACCAAAGGUUGGUCGCAGAAUCUUCACCAACAGCCGUGAGCGUUGGCGCCAGCAGAAUGUCAACGGAGCGUUUGCGGAGCUCCGUAAGCUCAUCCCUACACAUCCGCCAGACAAGAAACUCAGCAAGAAUGAGAUCCUCCGCCUGGCUAUGAAGUACAUCAACUUCCUGAACAAGCUGGUGGAUGAUCAGGGAGGGAUGUUGGGGGUGGAAGGGGUCACUGGUGGUGGCGGAGACGGGUUACCUGAACCCAGAGAACAGCAGAACUCCAUGGAGAGUGGCAGAGAGGAGCUGAUCCCCUACACACCAGACAUGCUCUCCUCCCCCAGCUCCACAAGUGGAGGAAGCCUGUUAGAUGAGGACAGCAUCAGUCCAGGAACCUUCUCGGAGGAUCUGGACCUCUACAGCUGCCCAGUGUUGUACUAUGUACAGCCCACCUCACAGCCACUGCACCCAGCAGAACACAUAGUUGUUGGCAGCCAACGGUGAUGCUAUGCGUUCAGGUGCAGGAGAAAUUAAACAGACACAACGUAUCUUUCAUAAGGCAGAGUUAACAGUAGUAAAUCUCAGUUUGGGGUUUUGUCAAUGGAAGUUUCAAUGAAACAUUUUUAUU